CUGCACACAUUCACAGGAAGCUGGACCAGCGAUGGCUCUGCUGAAGGUUCUGCUGCUGCUGGGGCUGGCUGUUCCAGUGAACUCAGGUGUUUCUCUGCAGAAGAGAAUCAUCGGAGGUCAUGACUGUGAUAACAAGGAGCAUCUUCAUUAUGUUCGGCUGACGGGCACCAAUGGUACUUCCACAAUCCUGUGUGGCGGAUCUCUGAUCCACCCAGAGUGGAUCCUUACUGCAGCUCACUGCUGGGAGUUGGAGGCAGGGUGGACCUUUACAGCAGUGUUAGGAGUUCAUCCCUCAACGGCUAAACAGGAGGAUCAGAUAAUCCAAAAGAGUCCUGUGAUUUAUGUUAAAGACGGUCAGCUGCAUGACAUCAUGUUGCUGAAGCUUCAGAGACCAGUAAGAAAUAUCCCACCUGCUCCUCUACCACGAUGCAGUGACCGUCUUAAGGAUGGUGAUAAAGUUCAGCUGGCAGGAGAGGGAGCAACAACAACCGGUCCUAAUAAUGAACGAUUACCGUUUGCUCCUGCUUCAGCACAUAUUCAGUGUGUUGACAUGAACAUCGCUGCUGUUUCCUACUUUGAUCCGAAACGUGGGCAUGUAUUCCGUGCUGCAUCACUGAACAAGGAUGUAUGUGUUGGUGACUCUGGUGGAGGAGUGAUCUUCAACAAGAGGCUUUAUGGUGUGAUUUCUGCAGGUGGAAACAAUGCAUGUCAGAAAGCAGCUUUCAUCAUGGAUGUGUGUGAAUACAUGACAUGGAUAAGCAAAUCAACUUAAACAAAAAGUAUUAAAAAAGUAUCAUUAAAUAAAAUUCUCAAAUUUAUCAUGAAAUCAAAUUUUCUCUGUUGAGGUUACUAGAGAUCAUCCCAUUUCCCCAUGCUGGACAUUUUGGUUUAGCAGUAACAAUACAUAAAACUGCCUGUAAAAUGAGUCAUAAAUUAAUGUCUAGACUUAAUAAAACUGAACUUAAUGAGCUGAGGAACGUUUCACACAUGAGGAAGUCACCCUGAGACCCGAGACCUGCUGCUCUGAGUCAGGACUCUUCCUCCAUCCUACAGAGACAGAAGCUCAUCAGACCUACAGAGAUCCCUGCCUUCAUCGAUCAUCAUCCUCCUCCUGCUGCAACACCUCCUUCAUCAUCAGGACAGGUCUGGGCUUGGAAACGCCAAACUCUCAAAGGUUCCCUCUUCAGCUCUCAGUGUCAGCUUUAGGGAAAGAUGGACUAGAUGAUUGAUUUUACUUAUUUGAUUAUUUCUGCUGUACUAACUCUUGCAAAAAUGUCUUACUAAUAAAAUAUUUAGCAUAAAGAAAAUCUUAAAGAUGUUGUGGGGGCAUGCUGUGGCGGCGCAGGGGGU